UUUUUUUUCUUUUUGUUCAGUCUUUAGGUGCUGAACUCAUGGAGAGUAAAGACAUGGAAUCAUUUGCUAAAAAAUUGCUCAUAGAUUCUGACUUUGGCUAUGAUACAAAGUCGAGGAUUUGGAUGAACAAACCCAGCUCGGUCGGGAUGUGUGGCAUAUUUUACGAUGAUUUUGCUGAAACACACGAAAGCUGCCAUUUACUUUUGCUGCCGUUUAUUUGUGAAACAGAUCCUUUCGUUGCCAAGACAACCGAUUACACACUCGUCAUUGCAUUAACAACCAGCAUCUUCAGUGUACUUGUCAUCAUCAUCAUUAUAUUGAUUGUACUUUGGCUCAAAAAGUCUAAAAUACGCAAAGACAUGCGACUUCAGCGUUGUGCCUCCUUACGCUCUUCGGCCAGAUCUCGAUCUCAGAUGACCUCUAACUGGUCAAAGAGCAACAUUCAGAACAGCCAAACAAACAUCAGCUUUGUGGGCUCACUGGAUGACCAGAUCAGUAUAAACUCAUUAGAUAAGUCUAAGUUCAACACUUUUAAUACAGAGGCGACGGAAAUCUCGCCUCCAUUUCCCAUUAAAACUCCAGGGACCACAAUAAUCCCAUACAAUCACAAUGAUGACACUGACAGCAACAAUAUUAGUUUUACGGAUGAUGAAAGCUAUCUUAGUGUAGACAAUGUAGAUAAGGACCAGCCUCCACCUGUUCGUUAUAAUACAAAUGUCAUGAAUCAGGUGUGGAGAGAGAGAGAAGAGCAAGUGAACCAGCAGCACUUACAACCCAAAGAGUGGGACAUUUAUGCUAACUUGGGUCAGAACAGGCAAAACAGUCCACCAAGUGAACAUUCUUUGUAUAGCAACGAGUUUGACAAGAAACCUAUCAUAAACCAAAUGAAGACUGCUCUAGAGAAACCACCUUCACCGCCACCACCACUCUAUAAUUAUGAACCUUCUGAGGAAUUCAAAAGUUUCUCCAAAAGCAUAAACCAAAGGUCACGUGAUGGAAGCAAAGAAUCCUUGGAUGGAACAGCCAGGCCCAGUCCCCACGUUCGCAGUGUCUCCCCACGAAGACCUGGAAUAGUGCCAAGAACAAUAGAUAUAGUCCCCAAUGAAGGAAGAACUUCAAACUCUGGAAGUCGUGAAAAUCUUGCAGAUGAUCGAUACGGUUAUCCUUUCAGAAAUGUCCCAGAAAGGAUUCCAGAAACAUUCCAAACAUUGAACCCUGGUGUUGCUUAUCUCCAGCGUAACACUUAUGAAAGGGGCAGCAGGGACCGUAUAAAUAGUCCUGAACCUUUUAGCCAUGAACCCAUUCCUAGGAAUUACAAUGAUUAUAGUGGUGUUUUAUACAACCCUAAUGCUACUGAUCCCUAUCGACGUCAGCCGAUGCGAGGAAGCCAGGAGAACUUAGACUCAAUAACACAACCCCAUCAUAGACAGUACAAACCCACUCCAGCACCGAGACCUGUUACCCGGAGUCGAGACAAUGUUGCUCAACCGAGUCAGCCAGUACCACAUACACAACAGCAGCGACAAAAUGAACGACAAGCACUCGAAACUGAAAUAUUUUAAUCAAACUCUCAGACAAAACAAAUUAAAAUUGACAUUUAUUAUUAUCACCAUCAUUAGAAUUUCUAAACCACCGAAACAAAAUCAACAAGUGAUUGGCAUUAGGAAGGGCAUCCAGCUGUACAAACCAGGCCAAACCAAAACAUUGGAUCGAGUUUGGCCCCUGGCUUUGCCAACUCCUUUCAAACAAUCCAUUCCAUGCUAGCAUGGAAAACAGACAUUAAAUGAUGGUUAUGACGAUGAUGAUAUAUAUAUAUAUAUAUAUAAUAAUAUAAAUAAUAUAAAUAUGCAUAUAUACAUACAUAUAUGAAAAUACUUACAUAUAUAUGUAUAUACAUAUGCAUAUGUGGUCACAGGAUGUCACAGAACAUAAACAACAUGAUAUAUAUAGAUAUAUAUAUAUAUAUAUAUAUAUAGUUCAAAAACACAAUAACAAAGAAACAAAAAAACAACAAAGUGAGGACGUGAUAUGGAUAGUAUUAUUGGACGCUCAGGAAAGGAAAGAGAGAGUGUAUGACGUUUCGGGCGUAGCCCUUCGUCGGAAAGAUGGAAAGUUCGG